AUGGAUCACGAAGCAGAUGCUUACCGUACGGAUUUGAUGACCAUCACAAGAUUCGUGUUGAAUGAGCAAUCAAAAUAUCCAGAAUCUCGCGGGGAUUUCACGAUUUUGCUCAGCAACAUCGUUCUGGGUUGCAAAUUCGUCUGCAGUGCUGUCAAUAAGGCUGGUCUUGCCAAGCUAAUUGGACUUGCAGGGGAGACAAAUAUCCAGGGGGAAGAGCAAAAGAAACUUGAUGUGCUCUCUAAUGACGUCUUUGUCAAAGCUUUGGUUAGCAGUGGCAGAACUUCUGUUCUUGUCUCUGAAGAAGAUGAGGAAGCUACGUUUGUGGAGUCAUCCAAGCGUGGAAAGUACUGUGUUGUUUUUGAUCCACUUGAUGGAUCUUCAAACAUUGACUGUGGUGUCUCCAUUGGAACAAUCUUUGGAAUUUACACAAUGAACCACACUGAUGAGCCAUCUACUGAAGAUGUUCUGAAACCUGGGAAUGAAAUGGUCGCAGCUGGUUAUUGUAUGUAUGGAAGCUCUUGCAUGCUUGUGUUGAGCACUGGAACGGGUGUCCAUGGAUUUACUCUAGACCCGUCUCUAGGAGAGUUCAUACUAACUCACCCGGACAUCAAGAUUCCGACAAAGGGGAACAUCUAUUCAGUGAAUGAAGGCAAUGCACAGAACUGGGAUGGUCCGACUACAAAGUAUGUAGAGAAUUGCAAGUUUCCUAAAGACGGCUCUCCUGCAAAGUCUCUGAGAUAUGUUGGAAGUAUGGUUGCUGAUGUUCAUCGCACGCUGCUCUAUGGAGGAAUCUUCUUGUACCCUGCUGACAAGAAGAGCCCCAAUGGGAAAUUGCGUGUUCUCUAUGAAGUAUUUCCGAUGUCGUUCUUGAUGGAGCAAGCAGGAGGUCAGGCCUUCACUGGCAAGCAAAGGGCGCUGGACCUUGUCCCGGAGAAGAUCCAUGAACGUUCUCCAAUAUUUCUAGGUAGCUACGACGAUGUAGAGGAGAUCAAGGCUCUGUAUGCUGCGGAGGAGAAGAAGAACUAA